AUGGCGAAAGGAGGCUACAGCAUCGUGCCGCCACGUGAACUCAGCGUGACGUCAUCCGUGCGACGCCGCUCGUGGGAGAAUGGUUCGCUGAAGGGUCGUCUCCAUGGCGACAACCGCAGCUUCUCUCUACACUUGACGUCGCCGGAGACGUCGCCGACAAAGUCUCCGCCGAAGAGGUUCGAAGCCGACACCAUCAAGAGAAGCCCGUCGGAGAAAAAGGUUCCCGAGAAGCGGUCUCUACUCGGCAAACUCUUCGGCAUGGGCAAAAGCAAGGAGAACAAGGAGCCGCGAGGUGGCAGCAGCAGCAGCAGCGUCGGACCUGGCUCGCCCAGCCGCGCCGCCGCCACCAGCGCCACCUACGCGACGUUCUCCGCGCAGUUCCCGCCUCCGGAUGUCAACAUGGACGUUCUCUUCGAACGACUGCACGCGCAGCAAGAACUCUACCAGGGCCGCAGCCUGCCGCCCGCCAGGCGGCGUCGCGUCGCCGACGACGGCAGAGCCCCUGGCGGCGGAAGCCCGCUGUCGAGUCCCGAGCGAGCGCCGCCUAGCGUCACGCUCGCCGAGGCGACCGUGCAUCCGAUGUUCUACAGCUGUUACGAGAACGCUGCCGACAAAUACCACGAGCACGUCGGCAAGGAGCCGUCGCCGACGCACGCAGCCGCCGCCGCCGCCACCGCCGCCGCGAAAUCUCAGAGACAGCCGAGCGUCGGUAAACCGUCGUCGCGGUCGGCAGCGAAGUCGCGCCUGCACAGGGAACCGCCGUCCGCCGCCGUCGCCGUCGCCGCCGCCGACGCGACGACAGACGACGUCGGCGAGCGUCGGACGCCGGGUGUCGCGUCGUCGGCGCGCCCGACGACGAACAGGGUCGCGCGCGGUGACGUCACGGCAAUGCGCGCUGACGUCUCGUCGACGCGCGCUGGCGUCACGUCGACGCGCGCUGACGUCACGGCGACGCGUGCUGACGUCACCGACGCGCGCGAUCACAUGGACAGCACGCGCGACAGCGGCUUCGAGUCGCCGAAGAAUCUGAAUCGGCUCGGCAGCAGCAGCGCCCCUGGCGGCAAGAACGACAGUCAGAAGGAGAACGACGCGAAAUGA